UGGUUGUUGUUUAGGAUCAAACUUUCGCUGAACAUAAACAAAUUAAAGUACUUAAUAUGUCUGCAAGCAGCGUAAUACCCAGCACAGUUAAUGCCGAUCUGCAAAAGGAACGCGAUGGCGCUAGCUUCAACAGCGAAGAAUUCGCUGCCUGGUGGGCGGGCGGCGCAGAGCAAUUGAAAUUUAAGAGAGGCAUCAAAGAGUACAUGUUUAAGGAUGUUGAUUUUGCUGCCCUCAAUCAGGUCGACUAUUUGUCCCAUGAGGACAUGUGCGAGUUUGCCGUAAAGAACAGCAUUAAUGUGGCGAAAAAGCUGCGGCAGCUGCAGGCAGAGCGAAAUCCUGGCGGCAACGAAUAUUGGCCUACGCUGUAUGAUUCGCCCGAGUUGUGGGGUCUGCACAAAGUGGGAAACCCCUUUACCGUGAUGUUCGUGAUGGUAAUUCACGCUCUGAAGGAUCAAUGCACACCCGAACAGUACGAAGAGUUCGGCAAGCGGGUGGAACGCUUCGAAGUAUCCGUCGCCUAUGCCCAAACGGAGCUGGGACAUGGUACCUACUUGCGCGGCCUGGAGACUCGCGCCGACUACGAUCGGGAAACGGAUGAGUUUGUGCUGAAUACACCUACCAUUACCGCCUACAAGUGGUGGCCAGGCGGAUUGGGCCAGUGCUCCAACUAUUCGAUUGUCAUGGCACAGCUGUACAUAGAUGGAGAGCUCAAGGGACCCCACUUAUUCUAUGUCCAGGUGCGAGAGGAAGACACGCAUGAGCCACGGCCAGGCGUGCACAUUGGUGAGAUUGGCAAGAAGAUGGGCUUCCUGGCUGUUAAUAAUGGCUUCCUGGGUAUGAAGAACGUGCGCAUUCCACGCACUCGGAUGCUCAUGCGGCACGCCAAGGUGAACCGUGAUGGCACCUACGUGAAGAGUCCGGCCGAUGCCCUCACUUACUUUGCCAUGGUCCGCACUCGCUGCAUCAUUGCCCGCAACAUGUCGUUGAUUCUGGCCGUGGCAGCCACCAUUGGCACUCGCUACUCCGCUGUGCGCAGACAGAGUCCUAUCGAUCCCAAGUUGCCCGAGCCUCAGAUCUUGGAUCAUGUCACUCAACAGCUAAAGGUCAUCCCAGAGAUAGCCGCCAGUUUGGCUUAUCGUAAUGCUUGUGACUACCUCCUGGAAUUGUUUGAUGCCACCUCCAGAGAUAAGGACCAAGGAAGAUACGAGCGACUGCCCGAGCUGCACUCCCUCUCCUGUGCUCUGAAGGUGCUCUGUUCCAGCGAUGCCGCCGCAGGCAUUGAGCGCCUGCGAUUGGCUUGUGGUGGUCAUGGUUACCUGACCUCGGCUAAUCUUGGCAACAUCUAUGUCAACGCAACAGCUGCCUGCACCUAUGAGGGGGAAAAUACUGUGCUUCUACUCCAGAUUGGACGCUUCCUGAUGAAGUCGUGGCGCGCGGCACAGAGUGGAGCUCCCCUAGCACCCACUGUCAGCUAUUUGGCCGAGGUGCAGCGGAAUCCCGAGUUUGGAGUCUGGACGGGCAGUUGGGAGAACUUGGUUAAGGCAAUGCAAUUCGCUGCAGCAAACAAGACUCGCAUCGCCUUCAAUAAUCUGGCCAAGCGCUUGGCCAACGGCCAAUCAGAGGAGGUGGCCGCUAACCAAACGGGCAUUGAACUCACCCAGGCUGCAGAGCUGCAUGGUCGCGCAUUUGUUUUCCAUUCAUUCCUCACUGAGGUAACUGGGGCAAAGUCCAAGAAGCGCUCAUCAGCUCUUAACCGAGUGCUGGAGCAGCUGCUAGAGCUGUACCUAGUGAACGUUACACUGAACAACAUGAACAACAUCCUCCGUGUCGUGGCCUUAACGGAUGCGGAUCUGAACAAGCUGCAGUCACGUCUGGAGACAGCUUUGACUAAAUUGCGCCCGGAUGCGGUGGCCAUUGUCGAUGGUUUCGACUUCGCUGAUGAGCAAUUGAAUUCCACAUUGGGCUCCUAUGACGGCAAUGCCUAUGAGCGAAUCUUCGAUGCCGCUAUGAGUGCGCCGCUGAACCAAAAAUCGGUUCCUAAGAGCUUCCACGAGCACCUGGGGCCCUUCAUGAAGUCCAACUUAUAAAACGCUGAUGUAUGCUCGUCUCUUAGUUGUGUCUCUUCUUUUUGUAUAUAUGUAUGUAUUUUACUCUUAAUUGAUUU